CGCUCGAAAGGCGUUACGUGAAGAUUUGGGUCAGGAAUAAAAUUCGUUGAGAAAUACUUCAUGAGACGGUUCAGGACAAGAAGACGGUGAUGAAAGCCCGGUAAAAAUUGUAUACCAAGGAGUUAUAGUUCAGUGGUUAGAGAGCAUGGCAGGAUUGGACAAAACAUGGAAGUAUUCGUUGUUCAUGAGGAACCCCAAAGAAAGAGCAGGAGUCAUGUCAAGGCUGUCAUUCUGCUGGAUGAACAGCAUUAUAAAGAUAGGCAAUCGUCGCGCGCUUGAUCCGUGCGACCUUUAUCCCCUCCUCGACGAAGACAGAUCCAAAGAAUUGACUGAAAAACUCGACACGUCCUGGAGUCAAGAGAUCCAAGAUUCGUACCUUAAAGGCAGGGAAGCCAGGUUGACAAGAGCCUUGAUACGAAUCUUACAAUGGAGUGAAUUUGCUUUAUUGAGUUUUUCAUUGUUCAUUGGCGUCGCUUGCAAUAUUCUUCAACCUCUUCUACUGGGUCUCUUGCUGUCCGCGUUGCUAGGGAACAAGAAUGCACGGGGUGAUCCGCUGGUGUAUGUGUUCUCGGCUGGUUUGUGUCUCAGCUCGCUGCUCAGAGCUGUCGUGCUCAAUCAGUUCCAUGCUAAGGCACAGUUACUGGGAAUGCGCUGGAGGUCGGCAACAACAGGUCUUAUUUAUAAAAAGGCUCUGAGAAUGAGACAAAAGGAAAUGACGAAGACAUCCAACGAAACGGUCCUCGAGCUGGUAACACGUGAUUGUCAGCGCUUUGACCAGGUUAUUCUAAAAAUAGGAUUCCUGGUGGAAGGCUCUUUGGAAAUCGUCGCCAUCACUGCGUUUCUAUGGCAACUGAUAGAUCUCCCAGCAUUGACUGGUAUGGUGUUCGUGGUGUUUCUGAUUGGCUACUACAUUGGUGUAUGGGAUGUGUGCAUCAAGAUGAGAUCGAGAAUAAGACACUGGCUGGAUCGACGCAUGUUCAUCAUUAAAAACAUUGUGUCCAAUCUCCGGUGUGUUAAGAUGAAUGCUUGGGAGGGGAUAUACAAAGAGAAGGCGCUGAAAUAUAGAAGAAAAGAAGCACAAGUGCUGGUGCAAAAAAGCGCCAUCUUGGCAUCCUUCGCAACUCUAUUCUACACCAGUACAACAAUUGCAGUGUUCGUUUCCUUGACAACACUAGCCGUGGCUAACGUGCAACUCAACGUGUAUAACAUCUUCAUGACUGUAGCGCUGAUACGAAUGAUUAGGCUUUCUUCAUCGUCGUUGUAUGCUUCAGCAGUAAGCUAUAUCAGUGAAUACUCUGCCUCUGUCAGUCGCAUCCAGGCGUUUCUUCAAAUUGAAGAACCAUCCCAACUUGGAACGAAGAACAAUAAGCUCAAAAGGUCCCUUAAGUCUAGAUCUUUCCUCGACUUGACAAAGAAUGAGCUCUCUGAGUUCAUUACUCGAGACGACGUCAACAAGAUUUACUCUGACAUCAAGAAGACUUCGGCUCUUGAGGUUCCGAAGUAUAACGAAGAGUUUGCCGAGACUUCAGAUCCUGAAAACUUUCCCGAGAGGUUCGUAUCUUCGAGCAACCUAACUUGUUACUGGAAUGGGGAAAACAAAGCCCCUGUCUUGCAAAAUUUGACAUUCAAAGCAAAUGCUAAAGAGUUGACGCUCAUAAAUGGGCCCCCAGGGUGCGGGAAGUCGUCUCUUUUAGCUGCAGUCUUGGAGGAACUGCCUGCCAUUGAAGGGACCAUUGCGCACGAGGGUAAGAUCGCCUAUGUACCACAGAACCCUGUGAUUUUCACACAGUCUUUCAGACAGAAUAUUACCUUUGGUCGAAGUUUUAAUCCCUUUCGGUACCAGGCUGUUAUCAAUGCCUGUAACUUGCAGAAACUUUUAGAUAAACUUCCCGACGGAGAUUUGACGAUCAUAGGCUCACAGGCAAUACAGCUGACCGAUGACCAGAAGGCGCGCAUAUGUCUUGCGCGCGCAGCAUUUGCUGAUGCGGAUAUUUACCUUCUGGACGAUCCACUCAGACUUGUCAACACUAAAUCUGCUGAAAAAGUAUUUGAUAAGUGCAUCUGUGGACUUUUAUCUAAGAGACUUCGCAUUAUGGUCAGUAGGCAACUGCAGUAUGUUGAACGAGCCGACCAAAUCCUAACCAUGCGAGGUGGGACUAUAAUCAACGAGGUGACGUCACCUAUGAUGGGUUAUAGACCUGCAAAGCUGCACGGUGUUGGAUAUGGGAACGAUUUUAAAGAGAGAGUGAAUGAUUCAUUGAUGAGAGAUGAACCCGAGGUUAUGAUUCCGUCUGACAACCAUCAGAACGCACAGGUCGUGGACGCUGCUGUACAAACCGUAACAUGGACGACUUACUGGGAUUUCUUUAAGAUCGGGUUAUGGAGUCCACUGAUUCCAAUGUGCUGUCUCAUAUUCCUUGGUGUGCAAGUUGCUCUAACAGCGCCAGACGUAUGGCUUCUGUACAUCRGUCAUACAUCAACCAACCUGAUGACAAGCGAUGAGACAUGGUACAUCUACGCAGCCCUUGUCGCAACGUCUUUUUUCCUCGUCAUCAUUCGCGCAGCGAYUUUCAUCUCCACCACUCUCAGGUCAUCCGAUCGACUCCACGAUAAGCUGUUAGAAGCRAUACUCAAAGGACCAGCUGACUACUUUGAUAACAAUUCUAAACACACGAUACUUAAGUGUUUCUSCAAAGACGUGGCGUCAACGGAUGAGCUUCUCCCUGGGGUGUUCCUGGACGCCAUGCAGGGCACUCUAUUCAACUUGUCUGCUCUCCUCCUGCCGUCUUUUCUGAAUCCAUUUAUCUUUCUUUUUGCGAUUCCUCUGUUGCUGUUGUUCAUCUGCUAUUGGAAUUAUUAUCUGAAAGCAUCGAGGCAGAUUAAGRUUCUUGGGACUAAUAAUUGUUUACCGGUGUUUAAGCACUUCACUGAAAUGUUAAAUGGAAUUAUGGUUAUUCGACAUUAUGAUGUGCAGGAAGAAUUUACCGAGGAAGUAUUCAGGUACCAAGACACAUACAGUCAAGCAUGUUGUGCUGCAGUUACGUGUGAGGCUUGGAUAGGUUUGCGCAUUGAUUUGCUGUCCAUGGUGUUCCUGUCUAUCGUUGUUUUUGGUGCGCAUUUCAUGAAYUUAGAUGCAGCCCUAACAGGCAUAUCUUUAGUAUACACCAUACAAAUGGCCUGCGAGAUGUCCAUAUAUGGUGUUAAGCGSUGCUCUGAUGUAGACAGCUACAUGACAUGCGUACAAAAGGUGAUGGACUUGGCCAAGAUCAAACCUGAACCCGGCUACAACAUCCGGACCCGUCCCCACGAGCCUUGGCCGAGMGCGGGACGAAUACACUUCGAUCAUGUUAGCCUAGCAUAUAAAACAGGUGGGAAGAAGGCUUUAAAGGAUCUGACCAUCUCAAUCUACCCCCGCGAAAAAAUAGGAAUCGUGGGUAGAAAUGGCACGGGGAAGUCUUCUAUCAUUCACGCCUUGUUCCGCAUGCCGGAAAUCGAUGGCAAGAUUAUUAUUGACGACGUGGAUGUCAAGGGAAUGAACUUACAGCGCAUGCGUCAGGGAAUUUCCGUCAUAACCAAAGAUCCCAUUAUCUUUUGUGGCAAUGUGCGCGCCAACGUCGACCCUUUUAACAAACACACAGAUCGACAAAUCUGGGAAGUCCUUGAGAAGACGCAUAUUCGAGCAUGGGUAGAGGCGCUACCCAAACAGCUGUACCAGGACAUGGGGGAGUGCUUAUCAACGCUGGGACCGAGUGAGAAGCAGCUCUUUGCUAUUGCAAGAGCACUUCUUCACAACGCUAAGAUACUAGUCAUGGACGAGGCCACUGCUGGCGUCGACUACAAAACUGACCKGCUAAUCCAAGAGCUGAUACGAUCCAAGUUCAGGAAUACUACUAUUAUUACCAUUCCUUACAGGCUGAGCACUGUUAUCGAUUAUGAYCGCGUAAUGGUUCUUGAUAACGGUCAUAUCACCGAGUUCGAUAAACCGGAGAAACUGUUGAAGAAAAGUGAUGGAUUUUUUGCGCAUCUUUACAACAGCCAAUGCGCAAUGUAAUCUUCAGUUAUUCGCUUUAAAUUACAACAAAAACCCAAAUAAUUGAUACGUAAUAGAAUAAAAAGCUAAAGAAUCGCUUCUCUACUGCGCUCUCUGUA